AUGUCCCGGUUCUUCGACUCACUCGCCGUCGUCGUCCUUUUUGCGGUAUUUCUAGCGCUACCGUUCACCCAGGCGUUUCCUCGCUCUGAUGGCAAAUCCGAUCCAAUUGAAAGUAGGAGUAGCCCAAAGGCCGUACUCGACUAUGGGACUUUUGUUGGAGGCUACAACGCCACCUACGAUAUUUCGUAUUUUAAAUCAAUUCCUUUCGCGGCGCCCCCGGUCGGAGAGCUACGAUAUCGGGCUCCACAGCCCCCAUUGAGGUACAAAGACGACUUCGAUGCGACUGUUACAAAAGACUUUUGUGUCCAGCGAACUGUCAACGGGAGCGAGGACUGUCUGUAUCUUGAAAUAUAUGGGCGGCCUUUCGUCAAGGGUGCGAAGAAGCCAGUUGUGGUAUGGCUAUAUGGAGGCGGAUACAUCCAAGGCGGGGGCUCGAUAUCCUGGCCUCCCUUUGUGUUUCCGACCCUGAAUGUGUCGAGUGAGAAUGACUUCAUUGUCGUUUUACCGAAUUACAGGGUAAACUCUUUUGGAUUCCUGGCAGGGGACCUAGUAAAAGAAGAUCCAACGACGGAUCUGAAUGUGGGAUUGUUGGAUCAGAGAGCGGCAUUGCAGUGGGUGCAGAAGUACAUCCACAUCUUCGGCGGCGAUCCUUCGAAAGUAACACUCUGGGGUCAGAGCGCUGGUGCAGGAUCCGUACUUUUCCAGACAAUUGCAAAAAGCUCUCAACCGCUUUUCCGUAGUGCCGUUGCGUCGUCACCAUUUGUGCAGAAGCAAUAUCACUACAAUGCGCCCCAGAUCGAGCAAGUUCUCACCACCUUCCUCAACUAUACCAACUGCUCCGCCAUCCGGUCCCAGGCAAUAGGCUGUCUCCGCAAGGUUCCUCUGCAAACCCUGCGAGAUGCUAGUCUUGCCGUCGAUACAAUUCACGGCGAAACCCUAUCGCACGCCUGGACGCCAGUCAUUGAUGGUGAGCUUAUCACCGAGCGGUUCAGUGUCGCUGCGGCAGCCAAGCGUAUCAAUAACAAAUAUGCACUAAUGGUAUACAACACCCACGAAGGCGAAAACUUUGUACCAUCAGCCGUAAGCAAUUGGGGCGAGUGGAUGAAAGAGUAUUUACCUGGCUUUUCAGACUCCCAGUUUGAAGCAUUGGAGAAACUGUAUCUAGACGAGGAAGGUGCGAGCCUAAGGGCAGCUUCAGUAUAUCGAGACUCAGUGUUGGCCUGCCCGGCAUUAUGGGCCGCUUCGGCAGCCGGGAAGGGGUGGCUGGUUGAAUUUGGCGUGGGAACGGCAAAACAUGCGAGUGAUACGCAAUUCUGGAACACAAUUCAGCCAGCACAGCAGCAAUAUCCUCACAUCUAUCAAGCCUAUGCAGGAGGAUAUGCAUCAUUUGCGCAAACUGCAGAUCCAAAUCGAAACUCCCUGACACCGGUGGUAUAUCCGGGGGUGGGGACAGGAAAGCUAUUUCUACUAGGUGAUGGAAGUAGGGCGGUGGCGAAUUCAUCGACCCCGAUUGGGACUCGGAACUUUGCAGAGUUGAAGGAGAAGUGUGACUUUUGGAGGGCGAAUGGAGCGAGUGUCCCGUUGUGA